UCUCAUGCAUGUAUCUUGAGACUUAAUUUUUGUUGAAAUUUUUACAGCUAACUCGUCAAACGAUUUCACGCUCAUUCGAAAAUAAUUAAAGAAUUUUUCAUCAUUUUCUCGAAGAUUAUUAAAAGAUGUAUAAAAUAUCCCGCACGUGAGUCUACUAUCAGUGAACGGGUGUACCCAAUAUCGUCUUUUUUUUUUUAAGAUAUACUUUUUAUACACAAGGUACGCGAAAACAAUUUUUUUUUUCCUGUAUACCUCCAUUUUUACUACGCGAAUACGGUACUGACGAGUGUUGGCGAAAUACUGGAGAGCGGUUUAUAGUACAAAAAACGCUCACGUGUGCAUAUACGGCCGCGGUACCGCGUUUGCGUUUGCGUUUACUCACAACUGGAUUGAACUAUGCACACGAACGCGCGGUGACGCAGCGGCACCGCGCGUCAACUUGCGGGCGAUCGUGUACCGCAAUUCCCCGAGGCACCGCCGCGGCACCGCACUCGCAUUUGCGGAGCGUCGUAACGUGUUUUCGUAUUGUGCAGUGCACACGAGCGUCGUUUUGCCGCAAAACAUAAAAAAAUAUGUCCGAAAAUCUUGAAGAGAAUUUUGACAUUGAGCUAUUUAUCGGGGAGAUAAAAAAUCAUCCAGAAAUUUGGAAUAUUGCUGCCGAAACAUACCGUGAUCGACAGAAAAAAAGAGGGUCAUGGAUUAAAAUUUGUCGUAUAUUUUGUAAAGAUUUCGACGAAAAAGACGAGAAGGAAAGAAAUGAAAUAUGCACUAAAUUCAUUCAAAAGUGGAAGAACAUUAAAGAUCACUAUGCUAAAAGUGAGAAAAAAAAAUGUAAAUCGGGACAAGCUGCUAAUACUGGGAGACGGUACAUUUAUGCACAACAGUUGUCAUUCUUACAAACUGCUGGUGCCACAACCAAUACUCAGUCUAGCUUAGAUCAUGAAGCACUAUUGGACCAGCAAGAUUCAGUGGACCAGCAAGAUUCAGUGGACCAUCAAGAGUCACAUUACAGUAGCUUAGAUUUAGAUGGAUCAGAAUGCCCUCCUCGCUAUAAACAAAAUUCUACAAAGAAACGUAAAAAUGACUUAGAGUCUUCCUUGGUAGAAUUUUUGAAUACUCCAAUUCCUACAACUCCACCAAUUGUUCCAGAGAUCAACCCAGAUAGAUCUUUUUUUGAAAGUUUACUUCCGUCUAUAAGUAGUUUUACGGAAGACCAGAAGCUGGAGUUUCGUUGCGAAAUACUGAACAUUAUAAAGCGUAUGAGGAAUCAACAAGCUGUACAGCAAUAUGGAUAUCCACCAAACAACCCACAUUACAAACCCGCACAUGGAUAUGGUCAGAAUACGUAUCCAUAUUCCAGUUACAUCCAGCUUAAUCGUCCCCCUCAGCCAAAUCAAUGCCCCACACCAAUUACACAAUUUCGAACACCUCUUUCUACUCAACUUUCUCAAACAACCAGCACUGAGGUUCCUACAAUAUCUCCAACAUCCUCAACUUCAACAUCUAUGGACAACCAGUUUUACAGUGAAGAAGAUAGCAUAGACCUUUUUAGAGAUUAAUAAAAACAUUUGAAGUAAUAUUUCGUACAUUGUUUUAUA